ACUUAUUUUUCUCUUUUUUAUUCUCCACAACGAUGUCAACAUAGCUAUAUUAAUUUAAACAAAGAAAUCGUAGUUUUAAUAAUAAAGAUUCCAUCGAUGCACAUAAAUGACUACUAACCCUCAAUACAAAUAUGUAAAUGCAAUUGAUAUCUGGUAAACAUUUCGCAUAAAAUCAUUUCACUUGCAUUCCCGAAUUACAGUGGAGCGCCGAUUAUCCGUGUACCUUUUAUCCGGCUGUCGCAUUAUCCGUACGGCUCGGAAAUGACAGUUCCAAAGAGGAAUUGACAUAUUAACUGCAAACCGUUGAUGUCAAGAAAUAAAAACCUCAAGAGGAACUGAUACUAUUGGCCCAAGCUUGACCAAAUUCAACAGAUUUCUUUUGCAAAGUGCAAAUAAGUAAAUUAACAGCUUGCUUUAGAAGAAAAAAGUUCACCCAUUGCACACUAAACACUAAUAUUAAUCAAUAAAAAGAGUUGUGCCUAUUAUCCGUGUUAUUCGCUUAUCCGGCAGGGGCUGAGUCCCGACGAGCACGGAUAAUCGGCAUUCCACUGUAUAUUACUGCAGAACACCUUGUUUGAGUUUCCUAACCAUUUUGCUAACUGGGCAGUAACGAUUUGACAGGUCAAUAGGACAACAGUACGACGCGUCAAAACAAACCGCACCCCGCAACGACACGAAAGCAAUAUUACUGUUUUUAUCUACAACAGAAAUUUGCUAUUUUCACCGGAUUCGUCAAAAUGGAAUCAACGAACACUAAAGAAGAUUACAUCCUACAACGAUUGAGCAAAGUGAUGGAAUCUCGUAUCGAAACUGACCGAGAAACCUUGGAUGCACUUUCGGAUUUGUCGACAUUCUUCAAAGAAAACACUCUUCAAUCCAGGCGUAACUUACGAAGUCAAAUUGAAAAAAGGAGCUUAGAAAUAAAUCAGAAUUUUCUGAGUGCAUUUAAGGAAGUAAAAGAAAUGUUAGAUGGUAUUUGCGGUGACAUCAACUCCAUGAAUCGAUCGGUUGAAAACAUGAAAUCGCAACUAUACAACACUGAAGUACAAACGAAGGACCUCAUUCAGCAGGCGAACACAUUACAGGAAGAAAAUUCAAAACUGCAGAUUCAACAAAAGAUCGCCAGUGGAUUUUUAUCGCGGUUCCAACUGGCAGUAACCGAACAUCAGAUGUUAUACGGCACGAAACGAGACGCACCAAUUACGACGGAGUUCUUCCAGGUGCUUGAUCGUGUACAGCAAAUUCACGCCGACUGUCGAACGCUUAUGCAAUGUGGAUACCAAACAGUGGCACUGGACAUAAUGGAAGAGAUGACAUUGCACCAGGAAGCGGCACUGGAACGACUAUACCGUUGGACACAAUGUCAUUGCAGGAACGUGGAAUCCAAAGAAAUGGGUGUACUAAUCAUAGAAGCAAUGGCAAGACUGCAGGAGAGACCGGUGCUGUUCAAGUAUGUUAUAGACGAAUAUUCCACGGUGCGUCGUUCCGUGGUUGUGCGAAGUUUCAUUGACGCACUUACAAUUGGUGGUUCAGGAGGAAACCCGAAACCCAUAGAGAUGCUUGCCCAUGACCCGAAACGCUACAUUGGUGACAUGUUUGCGUACAUUCACCAAAUAUUGCCUCCGGAAAAAGAAAAUCUUCAAAUGCUGGUAAGGAACUGUGACAAGGAAGACAUUUUCGAGCAGGUUCAAUCGGCGAUGAUAAACUUAUCGGAUGGUGUAUGUCAUCCACUUCGUGUACGUGUAGAAACGAUUAUAAACGCAGAGAAGGAUACCAUCGUUCUAUAUUCAAUUUUCAACUUAAUCAAGUUUUAUCAGAAUAUGAUAAAUGGAGUUGUUAAAGGAGGGCAGCUGGAGAACUGUAUGACUGAUAUGCAGCUGUUCUCCGAAGCGACGUACCUGAACAGUCUUACAUUCCAGGUGAAACAGUUACUCCAAGGUCCGAAUGAGAAUCGAAUCGGAUUAGAGCCUCCGCAAACGGAUCUGGUUCCGUCACGAAGUGUCGGUCGUCUGCUGAACCUAUUGAAGGAGAUACUUUCCGUUGCUAGCAUGGUUCCCGGCAGUCAGACUGACAUUGUGAAAAUUGUGGGCAGUGUCAUUGACCCAUUACUACAAUCGGUACAAGAAUCCGCCUCACAUUUACCCACGUCGGACAUGGCAGUGUACCUGUUGAAUUCAUUGUAUCAAAUAGAAAGUGUUAUUUCGAUUUACGAGUACAUGGAAGAGAGAUUGGAGCGGCUGCGUGCCCAGUCGGAUGCACAAAUCGAUACACUGACGUCAGAGCAAGCCUCAUCCCUUGUUGCAAAUUUAAAUUUAGGCCCUAUUUAUACUGUGCUCCAAAGAAAUGCGGUACAGAUCGAUCAUAGGCAUCUGCAGACGUUUGUGGCUAAACUGGAGCAAUUUUUGCAAACUCCCGAAAUAUUGCUAGUUCCGCAGGUAAAUCUUCUCAUUAGCAGUGGACAUCGGGCAACGGUGCAAAAACGAUCUUUCAACGUGAUUAUUGCUAUUUAUCGUCAAAUUUAUGAACGCAUAAAUGACCCCAAGAACGGAUAUAACAAUCCGGAAACAAUUCUGCCUAAAACCCCGGAGCAAGUGGCGGAGAAACUGUGUGGGUAAGCUUAGCUUAUUGUAAUAGAACAUAGUACGCACAUAUUGCAAAGGAAGAUUAGAAUGGCAGAUGGUACAAUAUCAAUGUCAAUUUUUUCAUAGAUGCCCUCUUGCUAUCUGAACUGAUGAAAAUGGUCGUUCGUGGAAGCUAUUCGUUCGAUCGUUGUAAAAUUAUAAGGAUUUUUUUAUACUUUAUUCUGAGAAUACCUUGAAUCAUGUUCCGGAAGAAGAAGAAGAUGGUCAGAAAAUAUCUUCAAAUAAUAAAUAAAGCCUCGCCAGAUUUCGCCAGAUCUUAGACAUGUACACCUGCUCGAAAAUGUUUUCCUUGUCACAGUUCCUUACCAGCAUUCGACAGAAGUGCAGCACACAGCAAAUAAAGGGACAUUUCAUUUAUCGGUGAAAAAUCUUUGAAUUUGUUACCUAUUUGCAUUACUAUCGCUACUAAAUAUAAAAAUCAAUGUAACACUUGGAAUUCUAAUUGUCACCACUCUUCCACAGAUACAUUUUCUCUACGGUAUAUGAUCCUAAAAACGAAUAUAGAAAUAAUGAAAUUUGACGGUAAAGUAAAUGAACCAAUCCCAUAUGUUGAUCAAAGUUAUUUAAACAGCUAAACAGUUUAAAACACCAUUGCACAUAAUUUGUAGUAUAGUAUGCGUAUAUACAGAGCGGACAUUUCGUAAAAAAAUCGUAUAGAAUCGUAGAAAGAUCGUUUAGAGAACUUCUAUGUAUAGUAGGCCAAGACUGCGAAAGUUGAAGCGCCUGAUAACCGAAGUUAUACGUGCCUAUAUGAGUAAAAUGAUUGGUGUAUUUUAUUGAAUGAAAUUUGAUAUAAAUGGUGACAAUAAAGCUGUUUUGUGCUGGAAGGAUGCGCUUUUCUGUGA